AGCGUUCAGUUUAUAAACAACGCUCGGCUGUUGCUGUUCGUAUUUUCGCCGGUGCGGAGCUAUUCGAGUGGGAAUAACAAACGCUUUCGCUUGUGAGCGGAAUCCAGGCGGCAAGCCCCCAGCAGCGAAUUGUAGGUUAGGUAAUCCAUCGGCCGUGUCAAUAGUCUCUGAUUAGAGGCAACAACGUAUAAAGGUCCAUCAAAUGCGAUUGCUGGUGAAACGCUCGAACCUGUGGCUGCGGCAAUGCACGGCACAGCUCAGGCGACAGGCGUCAAACAUGGCAACCGGUUCCCAGUUCCACAAACUGGCGACGGCGGCAAAGAGUGCGGCAACAGGUGCACAACUCGAUAUUAAGAGCGACAACAAUGCGCUGGAAGCGGCUGUCACGCAGAGAGCUGCUGCCGCCUCGCCCCUGACAGACAGCUUUGGGCGGCAUCACACAUACCUGAGGAUUUCGCUCACCGAGCGCUGCAACCUGCGCUGUGACUACUGCAUGCCGGCCGAGGGUGUGCCGCUGCAGCCCAAGUCCCAGCUGCUGAGCACCGAGGAGGUGCUGCGCCUGGCGCGCAUCUUCGUGGAGCAGGGCGUGCGCAAGAUACGUCUGACGGGCGGCGAACCGACGGUGCGGCGCGACAUAGUGGAGGUGGUGGCUCAGCUGAAGGCGCUGCCCCAGCUCGAGCACGUGGGCAUCACCACCAAUGGGCUGGUGCUGACGCGCUUACUGGUGCCGCUGCAGCGCGCUGGCCUGGAUACGCUGAACAUCAGCUUGGACACGCUGCGCAAGGAGCGCUUCGAGCAGAUAACGCGCCGCAAGGGCUGGGAGCGGGUCAUCGCGGGCAUCGAUCUGGCCAUUCAGCUCGGCUACCGACCAAAGAUCAACUGCGUGCUGAUGCGCAACUUCAAUGAGGAUGAGAUUUGCGACUUUGUGGAAUUCACCCGCGAGCGACCCGUGGACGUGCGGUUCAUAGAAUAUAUGCCCUUCUCGGGCAACAAGUGGCAGACGGAGCGCCUGAUCUCUUACAGCGAAACGGUGCAGACUAUUCGUCAGCGAUGGCCCGAGUUCCAGGCGCUGCCCAACGGACCGAACGACACCUCCAAGGCGUAUGCGGUGCCUGGCUUCGCUGGCCAACUGGGCUUCAUCACCUCCAUGACUGAGCACUUCUGCGGCACCUGCAAUCGCCUCCGCCUGACGGCCGACGGCAACAUCAAGGUGUGCCUCUUUGGCAACAAGGAGUUCUCGCUGCGCGACGCCAUGCGCAGCGAGGGCUGCACGGAGCAGCAGCUGGUCGAGCUCAUAGGCGCCGCAGUGCAGCGCAAGAAGCGACAGCAUGCAGGUAUCGGCAGCUACAGGAUCGGCAGCAGGACCAUGCUUCAUCCUCAUCAACCACAGCACGCACAGCUGCGCAACUGCAGUGGAUUGACGCACAUCAACGCCCAAGGCAAGGCGCAAAUGGUGGAUGUCGCCGGCAAAGCUCAUACCACCCGCACGGCCAGCGCCGAGGCCACGGUUCUUGUGGGCGAGCGUCUGACAGCGCUGAUUGCAGCCAACGAACUGGCCAAGGGCGACGUCCUCAGCGUGGCCCAGCUAGCCGGCAUCAUGGGGGCCAAGCAGACGUCGCUUCUGAUACCGCUGUGCCACAAUAUCGCCUUAUCAUCGGUGCGAGUGCAGGCCACGCUACUGGAGCAGCAGCAUUCCGUGCGCCUGGUAGCCACUGUGCGCUGCAGCGGCCAGACUGGCGUUGAAAUGGAAGCCCUGAUGGCCGUCUCUGUGGCCGCGCUCACCGUCUACGACAUGUGCAAGGCCGUCUCCCACGACAUCUGCAUCCAGAAUGUGCGCUUGCUGAGCAAGUCGGGCGGCAAGCGGGAUUACCAGCGUCAAUAAAAUCACUCAGCUUGUGCAUCCAUUUGCCAUUUCAAAUUAG